CUGCCGCCGCGAUGCCUAUUUUAGUCAAAGCGGCCGCGAGCGGGGAGCUGGCCCGGGCCGCGCCGCCUAGGGACCCUCCGCGAGCCCGUCGAGCCGCCGCUCCCCGCCGCCGCCGCCGCCGUCGCAAACUUGGUGCGCGCCGCCCGCUCCCGCCACCGGGACGCCCCAGGUAAGGGACCCGAGCGCCGGCUCACGCGGGAAAGUUGGGCCCCGAGCGACCGAGCAAGUUGCCGCGCGCGCCCACUCCGCGCCGUCCUUGCAGCCGCCCUUCGCUCGCCCGUGCCCCGGGGCCCUCGGCCGACGGAGCAGGGUCGCCGAGCUGCGGACGCUGACACCGUUCCCCGAGCGAGGACCUUUCACCAUGAAUUACACGGAGUCCAGCCCAUUGGCAGGUUCUGCCUUGGCCAUGGGAAGCGUCACACCCGUGCCUUCCAAUGAGACCACUUGUGAGAACUGGAGAGAGGUCCAUCAUCUGGUGUUUCAUGUCGCAAACAUUUGUUUAGCCAUUGGUUUGGUGAUUCCAACCACUCUUCACCUCCACAUGAUACUGCUUAGAGGGAUGUUGUCUAUAGGAUGUACCCUUUAUGUAGUCUGGGCCACUCUCUACCGAUGUGCCUUGGAUAUAAUGAUCUGGAACUCUGUGUUCUUGGGUAUCAAUAUUUUGCAUCUUUCAUAUCUUUUGUACAAGAAAAGACCGGUCAAGAUUGAAAAGGAGCUGGGUGGCAUCUAUCACCGAUUGUUUGAACCACUCCGGGUCCCUCCUGAUUUGUUUAAAAGGUUAACUGGACAGUUUUGUAUGAUCCAGACCUUGAAAAAGGGCCAGACUUACGCCACAGAGGAUAAAACUUCAGUUGAUGAUCGUCUUAGUAUUCUUCUAAAGGGGAGAAUGAAGGUCUCCUAUCGAGGACAUUUCCUGCAUAACAUUUACCCCUGUGCCUUCAUAGAUUCCCCAGAAUUCAGAUCAACCCAGAUGCACAAAGGGGAGAAAUUCCAGGUCACCAUUGUUGCAGAUGAUAACUGCAGGUUCUUAUGCUGGUCGAGAGAAAGGCUGACUUACUUUCUGGAGUCCGAGCCUUUCCUGUAUGAGAUCUUCAGGUAUCUUAUAGGAAAAGACAUAACAAACAAGCUCUACUCACUGAACGAUCCUACCUUAAAUGAUAAAAAAGUUAAGAAAUUGGAGCCCCAGAUGAGCCUGUGCACACAGAUCUCCAUGCUGGAGAUGAGGAACAGCAUCGCUAGCACCAGUGAUGGCGAGGAAGGCCUCCACCACUUCCUGCGGAGCUCCUCCAGCACAUCUUCUCUCCCUGUGUCCUCCCCGCAGCAGCGAGCGUCUGGCAAGAUGAAGCCAAUAGAGGAAGGGGUGGAGGAUGACGACGAGGUCUUUGUACAAGUGUCUGCAGGUCCACUUAGAGUCCAUCAGUCGCACUGAGGAGCCUUUAAGUGACCAAAUGGAAGCCGUCCUGACAAGAAGUACUGUGACUUUUAGGUGGUUGCUUCAGUCCUGCCAGAUGGGAAGUGAGGGAGGGCCCAGUCGGAAAUUGUGUGCCGCCUGCCCUGUAGGUUAGCUCCUUGAGUUAGCCGAGCCUUCUGACGAGGCCUUGUUUGAUUUUGAGAUAUGUAUUUUCUCAGUAGAUAUAUUAAUAUUAUUUUAAUUAACCUUAGAGCUGUCAACACAAAUGCCUUUUCACUUAUUUUUCUAAGUGUGGCUCUUUUUUCUCACGUGUUAUCUUUUUCUCUAUCAUUGUAAUUCAGAACAAGUUGUUCUUUUGAUCAUUAUAACAAUAUAAGUUGAAAUUGAGGCUGCCAUAACAUUAAAAAUUUUACCUUUUGUUCAGUUGACUUUUUCAUGGCAAAUUUUAGAGAAAGUUUGCUUUGUUUGGUUCUGUUUUCUGCCCUGAGACCAGAAGUGCCCCACUAUGCCAACCUGCUCGUUUGGCUUGCUGAUAGCGACCACCCUCCUCCGAGUGGGCCUGAAUGGCCCUCAUCCCUGCCAUUACCCGUGACUCGAAGCGUGGGCCUGCAGUGCCAGGGAGUGUGAGCAUUUCUGAGCUCAGUGCCAACUUGCAGCUGAACUCAACUUUCUGCCUUGUCAUUUGGAGCCAUCCUGGCCACCUGCUCAGAUGUGGGCAAGGCCUUAUGCUAAGGGGAGAUGAACUGAGCAAUAUAUAGGCUGGGGUCACAGAACAUCAGCUUUGCCCUUUAGUCUGUGUCUGUGAGCCCACAUUGCUCUGGAAGCGGAUGCACUGAGCCAGACACAGUGGUUCGCACCUGUAAUGCCAGCACUUGGGGGGUUAAGGCAGGAGGACAGAGAGUUUGAGGUCACCUGGGGUCACCUAGUGAGACUUAGUCACAAAACAACAGAACAGAGCUGUGAUUCAAGCACAGCUGGGGAGGGAGCAGACAGUUCACCUGUGGCCACAGGCAUCUAACUUGGGUAUGCUGAGGGGGCCUCCAUACAGAUCUUUCCUUCCUACUGGCCACUUUCUUAAGGAUGGCAGUAGACUUGUUUUUGCCCAAAUCGUUCAGCUCAUGCAGCAGUGGCACACAGGCCGCUUGGCCAAGGCCGCUAGUCAGUUUGUCUCAUCUUCUGAAAUCAACUGGAGCCAGCUCCACGUCAUGAAAAGUUCUGAAUGAAUCUUCUUUGGGGGUGAACUAAGCCUAAACCAAAAGGCGGAAUGAUGUCACUGAACAAGCUCUUAAUUCUGGAGAUCUAAAGACAGAGGUAAUCAGCCUUGACUGAGGCUGUGGCUGCAACCAGGGGACACUUUCUCCAUUAGCACAUGA